AUUGCAAUGGUUUGUCCGACAGGCUUUGCAGAUCCAGGACUAUACCGUUAACAGAAGCGUGGUGGGUGCUAAAUGAGAGCGCCCCGGGGAGAGGCGUUUCUUCCCCAGCCGCCGAGGAUGCUGCUCCUACUGCCCCUCAGGUGGGCUGGAUGAUGCAUGUCAGCAGGGGAGAAGCGUGUAGCGGCUGGAUGAAUGCACGGGGCAUGUGUGUCUGCAAUGGAUGGCAGCGAUUGUUUCCCUAGAAGUACGCGGGGCGCAUCAGCUCCGUUCACACGCUGAGAUCCGGGGGCUGGGUUGGUUCUGGGGGUUUCUUUUUUGCUAAAAAGAACCAGGAAAUGUGCUCCGGAGAGGUUUAGCUGGCGCUUCGUCUUCUUCCUUUGAAAACGAGGUGCUAAUGAAAGAACGCAAAUAGCAUUGGUUGAUCAGAACACUUCAUAAAGAAGGGCACAAUCACCAAGCCAAACAAGUACAGAAUCUGCCUGCCGUCAGACAGCGAAGGCUCCCUUUCAGAGAUCACCGUACUAAUGCCUGAGUGUUACUGCGACUUCAGAGAAAUGACUCUGUAGCGGCAGCUCACCAGCCCAUCAGAACAUCCCCCUGGAGACUCAGGGUUCCUGUCUCUUACAAGCCACAGUCAUGAGAGAGAAGGCUGCAAUGCAGGGGGCAUGGGAGCAGAGUCGAUGCAGACUGAAUUAAACCCUGAGCAAAAAAAGGAGGCACCCCAUCAAAAUUAAAGAAAAUCAGUUCCACUAAAUGUGGGGAAUACUUUUUCGAGGCCUUUGAACUCAAAAGUGGAAGAGCAGGAAGACACGGGGAACACACACCAUUCAGUGUUAUUUUCCUUGUAAAGGAAAACGAUGAUUAUGUGAUGAGCACUAAAGUCUCAAGUUUUCAAAGGUUUGCAUAACAAACAAGAGACACAUUGUGGGUUGCUUCUUGACUUUGAAGGCUUGCCACUGUCAACUGAAAUAAAAUGGCAAGAUUUAAAGCCUUAACCAAGUUCACAAGGAAAACAUUUGGACUAAAAGUUUUGGACAGUUUUCUCUCUUUGAAGUAGUUUGUCAUGCAUUACCAAUGUGAACUUUAUUGACCCUGAAACAUUUUUUUGAAUCAAAUAGCAACUUGUGAUACUUUAGUAAAAUCUUAUAUCAACAACCAUCUCUUGGUAGCUCCAGCUUCAUAGCAAAUGCAGGCAAAGCAGGGAAUCUACAGAGGAGACCUUUAUUAUUCAUAAAUGAAGCCUGCCAAAACCUGCCCAAAAUAGCAUUCAAAGACCCUGUUAAGGUCAUGGAUCCUGAACAAAGCCAGAAAAGCACAAAAAAGGCUGAGGAAAGUCCCAGAAAGAGGCUUACCAAAGGAGAGGCUUUCCACUCCAGUAUUUCAUCUGCCUCUACGUAUCAGGGCAGCUCUACGUCUUCACAAGCAACCCCUCUUCUUGAUAUCAGAUCGCUGCAGCACUUUUCUGGCUCCUUGCCAAUUCCAAGAGAGGAAUCUCAGGAGAAAAUUGGAAGUCAGAAGCAACCCAAGCAUUCCUCUUUGGAGCACGCUCCCCACGUUUCACAGCUUCAGCAGCAUUCACUGUCACCAGCAUUUAUGUCUCCUGGAAAACCAGAGCAGAUCCUUGAAGGGCCCACAUGGCAGCUAGUCGAUCCAGUAAGACCGGGUCCUUCUGGCUCUUUUUCGUCACCUGGGCUUCAUUCUCAUCACAGCCAGCUCAUACCUUCCCAUUCACCAAUCCUUCCUGGAGAGGACAUGCCAUCCGUUCAAAAAGUCUAUAUCCCUCGACCUUCCCAAGUUUCCUUAAAACAAACUGAGGAAGUGCACAAGAAGGAGAAGAAACCGCAGAAGCCAGGCAAAUACAUUUGUCAGUACUGCAGUAGGCCUUGUGCAAAGCCAAGUGUUCUCCAGAAACAUAUCAGAUCACACACAGGUGAGCGGCCGUACCCUUGCAUUCCAUGUGGCUUUUCUUUUAAGACUAAAAGCAAUUUGUAUAAACAUAGGAAGUCUCAUGCUCAUAGAAUAAAAGCGGGGCUGGCCUCAGGAAUUGGAGCAGAGAUGUAUCCUUCCAGUUUGGAAAUGGAAAGGAUCGGUGGGGAGGAAUUUGAAGAACCUACUGAAGGAGAAAGCACAGAUUCAGAAGAGGAGACAGGUGCAAUGUCAGGUCAUUCAGUAGAACUAUCACCCCGGCGAAAGCACACCCUGUUAUCUAGUAGUUUGCAUAGUCUAGGAAGCCAAGGUUCCAGCCACGACCGGUGUUCAUUAUCCCAUUCCAGUAUGUCUCAGUCUCUUGAGGACAACAUGCAGUUUGUGGAGCCCUCAUCUGAUCAUGCUUUGAGCCACAAAUCAGAAGAUACACAUACUAUAAAACAGAAGCUUGCACUCCGAUUAAGUGAAAGGAAGAAGGUGAUAGAUGAGCAGGCGUUCCUUAGCCCUGGCAGUAAAGGAAGUACAGAGUCAGGCUACUUCUCGCGAUCAGAAAGUGCAGAACAACAAAUCAGCCCACCAAAUACAAAUGCAAAAUCUUAUGCAGAAAUUAUUUUUGGGAAAUGUGGGAGAAUUGGGCAAAGGACAGCAAUGUUAGCUGCGACCACAACCCAGGGGUUUCCACACGUGUCCACUGAAGAUAAGCCUAGCAUGGUACCAUUGUCUGUGCCCAGAACACAGGUUAUUGAACACAUCACUAAGCUAAUUACAAUUAAUGAAGCUGUUGUAGAUACCAGUGAAAUAGAUAGUGUGAAGCCUAGAAGAAGUUCUUUAUCUAGACGUAGCAGCAUUGAAUCUCCAAAGUCUGGUGCAUAUAGAGAACCAUUUCAGUUUGACAGCAAGUCUGGUUCCAGUAGCCAGUUGAAUGCAUCAAAAUCAUUGACAUCUCAUGGUGAAAAAAUUAAGCCUGAACAAUCAUUGUUAUCCCUUCAGCAAUCCCACAGUGCCACAGAGACAGUGCCUCUCCUAAGAAGCCAUUCAAUGCCUUCUGCUGCCUGCACUAUAAGCUCCCCUCAGACCUUUAGAGGUAGUUAUUCAUUUGAUGACCACAUCAUGGAAUCUGAUGUCGUAAGCCGCAGUCAAGUGUUUUCUUCACAUCCUCGAAUGCUAAAACGACAACCAGCUAUUGAGCUACCUUUGGGAAUGGAAUAUGGUUCAGAGGAGGUUAGCUCAGUAAGCAAAGAAACCGUUUCCAAACCUGCCGAGGAACAAGAAAUCAAGGAAAGUGAUCUGACGAGAAAGUCAAGGAAGGGUCCGAAAGUUAAAGGGUUCAUUUAUGAGUGUAAUAUCUGUGGUGCUCGCUACAAGAAAAGGGAUAAUUAUGAAGCGCAUAAGAAAUAUUACUGUUCAGAACUUCAGAUCUCAAAGCCUCAUUCUUCCAGUUCCCAUACCUCUUCAGAAGCUGAGAAAAGUCUUGUGGAUCCUGAUACAUGGCCGCAGAUGAUGCAUUACAAGCUGGGGACCAGUUUAGAGCUUACUCCACUCAGAAAAAGACGAAAAGAAAAGAGCCUUGGUGACGAUGAGGACCCUCCAGCUUUUGAGUUGCCUGAAACUCCCUCAUCCAGCAUGAGGCCAGUAAGUCAGUUUGCUAACCCAGCAUCAUCGGAUGUUGCUUUGAACUUACCCCGUGAGUCCAUUAAGUCACCAGCUGAUACAGGUAAAGCCAUCCCGCUCACUGAAAUUAGUGCUGGCUUUCUCUCCAGAACUACAAAGCCAGUUUCUAGUACAGAAAGCAAAGAGAGAAGAAAAACUUCAAAAGAGAUCUCUGUCAUCCAGCAUACAAGUUCCUUCGAGAAGUCUGAUUCUAUAGAACAGCUGAGUGGCUUGGAAGCAGAAGAAAAACCUUUAACCCAGUACUCAUCUCAGCCAGCAAUGCAGCACAAUAGGCCACCUCAUUCCCUGCAGCCAAAGCUGGUACGCCAACCCAACAUCCAGGUCCCUGAGAUUCUUGUCACUGAAGAGCCUGAUAGACCUGAAACCGAGCCUGAGCCACCUCCUAAAGAGCCAGAAAAAACUGAGGAAUUUCAGUGGCCUCAGAGAAGCCAAACUCUCUCCCAACUUCCUGCCGAGAAACUCCCGCCAAAAAAGAAAAGGCUGCGGCUGGCAGAAAUGGCUCAGUCUUCUGGAGAGUCCAGUUUUGAGUCCGUCUCCCUGACGAGAAGUCCAAGUCAGGAAAGUAGUAUAUCCCAUGGCUCCAGCCAUUCCAUUUCAUUUGAUCGUGAAGAAUACAGUAAAUCCGAGGCUGUCAGCCAGCCCUCUGAAUCCCAUACUAAACCCCUUGGCAUUGGCUCACAUAUGUUAAUGGUACCAAGCCACCAUCAUCAUUCCAGGGAAAUGCGAAGAUCUGCUUCUGAGCAGACCCCUAAUGUGUCUCAUCCUUCUCAGAUGUCGGAGCCCCGUAGUAAAUCAUUUGACUAUGGAAGCUUGUCAUCCUCUUCUGCUUCAAUACCUGGCCCUUCAGUUUCCUCGGCUCCACAGGAGAGGAGGAAGUGCUUUCUGGUUAGGCAAGCAUCUCUUACCAGUCAUCCAGAGCAUGAGCCAGACUCAGCCCCAAAAGGAAGGCAAGAGACAGAAGAACUAUUGCCUUCUUCCAGUAAAUCUCCUGCCACCAGUUUGCCCCAUCAGCCUACAUCUUCAUUGUCCUCAUCCCCACAUGGUGAUAAGAGUCAGCCAAAAGAUAGCCCUCAGCCUGUGUACAGCCAGCCAUACUCUGAGGCUCUGCAGGUGUUUCAUCAUCCGAUGCCACAACUAGCACUGCAUGAAAAACAGCGUAUGUCCCCACAAGUAUCUCUCUUCCCUUUCCAGCACCUUCUGCCGCAGCCAGGACAGUCUGCAGAGCUCUUCUCCACUCAUACUGUGUCCGACAUCCUCUCUGCUCAAUUUCCUAUGCCACAGAUUCCUCCCUCUAUAUUUCAGACACCACCACUUCCUCUUCAGCAGGCUCUUCUCCACCCAGGCCAGCUUCACGUUGUCCCUCCAUUAAUGUCACAUCCAGCAGAAGUACCAUACAGGCAGCACGCUUCAUUCUUACCUGUCCAUUACCCAGGCUCCUCACCGCUCCCUUCUGCAUUUUUUCUACCUCUACAGUCUCCGUUUGCUCUCCAGUUGCCGAGUGAGGUUGGUGGCCAUUUACCACAGAUCAAAUCCAGUGUCUCUCCACCAGCAGGAGCCUCCAGCCUUUCUCCAUGCACAGAGUACAGCUCUGACAGCAGGUUACAUCCUUUGACCAGCACAACCAGCCCUUCAGCCUCAGUCUCCACAUCUCAGCUGAUGGUUCCUACAUGUCCGGCUCCUAUGGUAUCACUUGUAGUCCCCGUUCGCAUUCAGACUAACAUGCCAACCUAUGGGAGUGCAAUGUAUACUACUCUUUCUCAAAUCCUAGUCACUCAGUCCCAGUGUAGUCCAUCUUCUAUUGUCCUUCCAAAGUUUGAUGAUCGCCAACCCAAAGGUGCCCUGGUGUGCAGCUCUGACGUUCAUGGAAUAGGCUUCGAUUUGGCACAGAUGAUCACAGAGGAUCAAAGAAGCAUCUUCCAGACUCCAUAUCUCAGAGUGCCAUUGCCAUUACCAGAAAGGAAGGGCUAUAUGCCACUCACCUCCCCAUCAGAAAGUGUCCUGGGAUUGGAAGGAGGCUCAUCAACAGUUGGUGGAAGCAAGCGGAUGCUCUCUCCAGCUGGUAGCUUGGAGCUGACGAUGGAAACACAGCAGCAGAAAAGAGUGAAAGAGGAGGAAGUCUCUGAAGUGGAAGAAAAGUUGGAAGUGGUGAAGCCGUCCAGUGCAAUAGAGGAGGGGAAAAAGCAGGAUAUAUCUCACUUUCUGCCAGAGAGCCAAGGCCGACUUGAGGUUGAAACUCCACCUAGUUUGUCCUCAAAGCAGUCUGAGCCAAAGGAAAUCCCAAGUAUUAUGCCACCAGCCUUGCCACAUUCAGGUGCUUCGAGCUUUGAGGCACUGGAGGAAUACACACCACACGCUGGCAAGCAGUUCCGAAGCAAGACACCUUUGCAAACAGUAAAGAAGGAAGACUCCAAAGAGCUAGCAGAACACCCCCUACCAAAUCCUCCGAGCCCAGCGCCUCAUUUCGACGUCACGCAAAGUGCAAUGAAGUCUCGAGAAGGUACAGAUCUGAAGAAGGUACUUCAGUUCCCCAGUCUCCACACAACUACUAAUGUCAGUUGGUGCUAUUUAAACUACAUAAAGCCAAAUCACAUCCAGCAAGUCGACGGAAGGUCCUCAGUGUAUGCCAGCUGGUGCAUUAGCUUGUAUAAUCCCAACCUCCCAGGUAUAUCUACUAAAGCAGCCCUCUCACUCCUGAGAUCCAAGCAGAAGGUGUGCAAAGAAAUCUAUACCAUGGCUACUGCUCCACGUCCAGAGACAGGCAGGCUUGUGCCGUCCAGCUCCAGGAAGCCAAAAAUGACAGAGGUUCAUUUGCCUUCACUCCUUUCCAAUGAAGGUCGAAAAGAUUUAACUAGAGCUGAGAAGGAAGAGGAUAAAAGAGGCAAAUCAGAAGAAGAGGCUCCCAUUUCCAAAAGAGGGGAGCCAGCCAGGAUCAAGAUCUUUGAAGGCGGGUACAAAUCAAACGAAGAGUAUGUGUAUGUGCGAGGCCGCGGAAGAGGGAAGUAUGUAUGUGAGGAAUGUGGAAUUCGCUGCAAGAAACCCAGCAUGCUGAAGAAACACAUUCGCACGCACACAGACGUCAGGCCAUACGUCUGCAAGUACUGUAACUUUGCAUUUAAAACCAAAGGGAAUCUGACUAAACAUAUGAAGUCAAAGGCCCACAGCAAAAAAUGUCAGGAGAUGGGCGUGUUGGUGUCUUCACUGGUGGAGCUGGAAGCUGAAGAAGGAACCAGUGAAGACCUAUUCCAAGAUUCCGAAGGGAGGGAGGGAUCCGAGCCUAUUGAGGAGCACCAGUUUUCAGACCUAGAGGAAUCUGACGAUGACGAUGACAAUGAAGAUGAUGAAGAUGAGGAGGAAGAGGAGAGCCAAGAUGAGCCACCUUUAAAGUUUUCAGAAGCAAAACAUACCUCCCUUCCAAUGCACUCUUCGGGCAGCUCUCCAUCUGCUCCAGAGGAAUGCACAGGAGCAGCAUUGUCUUUAACACAAGAUAUUGUCUCCAGCAUCCAACAAGUAGGCAGGGGCCACCAGACCACUUCCUCAGGGCUGGAAACAAAAUGGUCAGCAGACAGUAGCGAAGUUGCUGUUUGCCACAGCUUCUUGAGUCUCCAUAGGCCAGCUUUGACCUCCAGUGAACAUUUGGCUUCUGCUGAAAGGGAAUCUGUCACAAAGCAGCACAUGUUCUUAGCUAUGGACCUGUCAACCUCAGAAGACACCUCCCCAAGAAAGAAGUGGUCUCCAGGCAAGGACUCUGGUGGUGGUGGCGGCAGCGGCAGCAGGCCAAUGCUAGCUAGAAAGCACUUGUUAACCAAAAAUGAAACUUCACCGAAACGUUUCUCGCCAACUGGAGAAAUGUCUUCACUAAGGUGCCUGUCUCCAGGGAGAGGGAUGUCACCGUGUCAGCGCAUGUCACCGAGAAGGGAGGCAUCUCCACUGAGAUGUUUGUCACCAAGGCUUGAGCUGUCACCCGGCAGGCACCCUUCCCCAAGAAGAGAGUUAUCCCCAAGAACGUACCUCCCACCAGAGAGGGGGGUCUCCCCUGUGGGGCAUUUGUCUCCCAGCAGAGAGAUGUCAUCAGUCAGAUAUUUAUCACUGAAGAAAAUGUUGCCUCCAGCCUGUUCAGAGUCACUUUCUAGAUAUCCAUCCCCAGGGAAAGAGGACUUGCCUUGUAGCAGCAAAUCAGCUGCAGAUGACCAAGUUCAAAGCUCAUUAAAACUCCAGCAUGGAUUAGCUUCAAUGCCUCUACCUCACAGGUUCCUUGGCAAAAGUGCAGAGCUGUAUGAGUCCAAGUCGAAGAUAGAACCUCGAAGCCCAGCAUGUUCACCUGGCAUCACACAGCCUGUCUGCUCCAAACCCUUGCAAGCAUCCCAUGAACUACAUGUCCAUGCUCCGAGCCGAGGGGAAGAGAAUGUCUUCAGCCAUCUUCCGCUGCAUUCACAGCAGCUAACAAGGACUCCAUAUCCUAUGAUUCCCAUUGGGGGCAUCCAGAUGGUCCAGGCCAGGCCAAGUACCCAUCCCAGUUUGAUGCCCAAUUCAGUUGUGUCCCUGCAAGCAGGAUAUUUUUCACCUGGUGGCAAUGGCAGCAGCAGCUUUACAGAAUCCAGCCAGGCUGAGGAAAGGGGCAAGGAACCACAGGUCCCACAAGAAUCUUCAUCCAUAUCCCUAGCUGCGAAGGUUUCUAAAUACACACUGUCCCCACAGCUUAAAGGCAGCGGCUACUUAGAAGAGAAAAUGAGGACUAGUGAGCAUCAGCAAAAGACAGAACAGGAGGAAUACAGGGUAAAAAAGUAUGGUGAGCCCAGCCACUCAGAGCAAGAAGGCUGCUCAGCUCCCACCGACUGUCCGAGCACAAAUUAUGAGCACUCUCCAAAGCCUUCAACAAGCGGGGAAGAACCCUUGAAAAAAACGGGCAAGAAGCAAUGUGGCAGCUCAAGCACUUACUUUGAAUCAUCCUGCACUUUCAUCUCAGAUUUCCCCGCACAGACGUUGGACAGAAGCAGCAGCACCGGCUGCUUGUCGGAGCCCUCAUUGAGCCAUUCACACUCCCACCAGUUCUCCGUUAGGAGAAGGAACCUCUCGGGAGAGCCAAGUCACCAAGGGGGAACCCAUAGGAAGAGCAGCCCGCACUUAGAACUCACACGGUUCAGUCAAGCUCAAAGGCAGGUGGAUGAGAAUACAGGAAGUACUUAAAUCUCCAUUUAUCUCUUCCACCUCUAGGCUUCCUGUGUAAAUCAACAGACAUUUUCAACACUAUUUCCUUUACUAUAAUCAUCGCUAUACAAAGCACUCUAGUGUAUGACCAAACCCAUGGAAGAUUCUUGGUUUUCUUUGUCCCAGUCUGGUAUUAUCUCCACAUGUAUGCAGUUACUUGUGCCUUUUUCUCUACCUUUUGUUGCUUGAAAUGUACAAAAAUGUUUGAGGCUGUGAAUAUUUUUUUAGAGUUUUUUGGAAAGGGGUUUGUUAGACCUUGUCUUUUUUGCCAUUUAGGUGUGUGUUCAUAUAUGCUCGAGAGAUGCAGAAAGGAAAAGGUUAAGCAUUUUAAGGGGGAAGAAGAUGCACUGAAAACAAAAACAAAAAAUCUUUUUUAAUAUUGAUUAAAUGAUUAAAAAAACAAACCCUUUCUCCUGUGUACAGAAGUUUAUGAUUCAUAUUUAUUACCUGCUUUAUUUAAUUCUUGGCAAAGUGCUUUUUUUUUGUUGUUGCAUCACUCUGGUUGCCUAUCUUUGUGCUUUAAACAGUUGCGACUGCUUUACAUUUGAAAAUGUGUUUACCCUGAAUUGUAAAUGAAACUAGCACUUAUUUUAGAAUGGAAGGCCCAUUAGCAAUGAAUGCAAACAUCACUCCAAAAAGAAAAAAAAAUCUCAACGCACCUCCCUUCUGCAGAACCCAUAAAAGCACUUUUUUUAAAAGCGACAAAAGGGUUCUUCAAAUAUUUAACUGCAAGAAAACAAGGAGGUAUCGAAUGUAGAACCAGUUCUGGGAAUGGCGUUUCACGGUUUGUAAAAGGGCCAUUCUUAGGCGUGCUUUAAUAGUGACAUUCCAGGACUGGCUGCUCUUACAGGGCACAGUCUGCUAGUGGUCCUGCCUGUGUCACCCCGAUGCCCCGUUUUCUGGGGUUUCAAAGCCCCCUGUCACCAUUCGCUCCUGGGUUCAAAAUGAAAAUAAAGUCUCAGCCUUGCAAACAACUUUUGGCCAUACCUUUAUUUAUAUUUCUACAGCCCUUGCCUUCCCAAACAAUUCCCAUGCGGCCCUUUUUAAGGAAAAAGUUAUAGGGAUGCAAUGAAGAGCUCAUGUGCUCUUUUAUUUGCACACCUAUGGCUUUGUAACCCACAACUGGCUCCAUGGCAUAUUUUAUUUUAUUUACUUAUUUAAAUGAAAUGUUGCAAACACCUAGCCUCCAUUGUGUGGAGGGGCCUUUUGGGUAUUUCAUAAACAGAGGUUCUGAUGACUGAGUGGAUAAUGUAUGAAAAUUGGCCUGUUAUGCAUGCAUAGUAACUGUUUUCAUAGCAUAUUUUUAAAUAUGACCAUCUCUAGCAGAGCGUUGGCCUCUACUGCCAAUAGAUGUGAUACCAAAUAUGGAGAGAUGUGAUGGAGCCAUUCUGCUCUGUUGUGUUAACACACUUUUUAAAAUACACACGUUCAGUACAUGUUUCCCCUAAUAGACAGCAGGCUCUUUACUGCUUCAGAGGGCUUUCCAAUCAAUGGAAUCUGUACAAACACAUUUUUAAAAGAAAACAAACAAACAAAAAGAUAGAAAUAUUUAACCAAUGGGCCAUUUCUUUCUUCUUUCAGAGCUGUCCCAGUUUAUCGGGUACAUAAUACACUUUUUAAAAUAAUAAUAAUAAUAAUAAAUCAAAUAUAAUCCUGAAUGAGGACAUAUUACCUUGCCAGACUUGAUGAGCUAUGAACUGCUCCUGACUGAUGGGUGAAUAAUAUGGGGUGUUUUAAAUAAACUUCUGUGAUAUUUUUUCUUUUGGUAUAAAGGGAAUUAAGUUCUAAAGAAGAUCCGAUGGAAAUAACAUUAAGAUUGUGACACCAACUAAACCAGUGUCCAGAUUUCAGAGUUCACUGGACCCCACCUCCUCAUUCCUGACUAGCACUUUUACCUAGUUUUCCUUUCCCCCGAUCCACGCACAGCAUAACUCUGACCCCCUCAAUCCUCCAGUCAGACCCAAGCAGAUUUCACUGCAGGAUUGUGGCUCAUGGCCCAACUCAGCAAACCACCUCUGUUCAGGAAAACAUGGUUACGUCCCAUUCAUUUUAAUGGGAAUUAAGCACAUGUUUAAAUGCUGUGAUGAGCAGCGAUGGACUACGGAAUCAGGGCCUGGGCGUGAGCAUCAUUUGAACCCAUCCCUUCCCUCCAUAAUGAGUACAGCUUUGAAUUUCCUGGCUAUGGCUGGUUCUCUCUUUUCUUUCCCCUUGUCACAUUCUUAACAUUAUUUCAAGGUAGCUUUAUGUAUUUAAUUGUUUUUUUAUAAUUGAAAUUGUACAUAAAGAGAAAUAAUGCAGUGGUUGUACACAGCACCUGGUUACACUGAGUGCAUAUGACGUUAACUUUGGGCUAGAUCAAAUUUGCUUGGCUUUAUUUUCUAACCAUAUUUUAACCCUUGACAUGUCAGCACAUUGGAAAGAGCUUGGUUUUUUUCCUGUCACUUCUGAGGGAAAACCACAAUUCCCGCAGUGUUAAGGUGCACCCAUAUCCUGCCAAGCUUUGGUCCCAUUCACAUAACAUGCCAAUCAUGUGCAGGAGUAAUCUGUACUCUCUGUGGGUGAAUGUGCAUGUAUGAACGCAGGCACCACUGUAAACUCUAUGGGAGUACAGGCAGAAAUUCCCAGCCCUCAGGCCUGGCCUGGAUUCCCAUUGUGACAAAUCUCCUGUAGUUUUCGGGGAGAAGCUAGGAUUGGGUGGAAUUCUGCCUCAUGGCGCCCUCUACUGUGUUCAGCAGGUACCUAUGGCAGGUCAGAAUUAGCCACAUAGGAUCAGAAAAAGAAAAACAGCAUUGAUAUGUAUGAGCAAAAUGAUCAUGUUAGUUUGACUCCAAGGGAAACAGUGCCCCCCACUAAAGCAUGAUGGUCUCUUGGUCUGAGCACAGGCUUAGAGGACAGGAAUACCCAAACGCUAAGCCCAGCUCUGCCAUUAAAUCACAGUGUGACCUUGAGCAAAUCACUCAACUCCUCUGGAUCAUAUUCUGACAAGGUUUAAACUGGUGCAACGCCAUUUAUUUAAGUGGAUUUUCACCUAUUUACAUCAGGUGCCAGUCCUGUAAACAUUUAUUACCGAGCAUUGCACUGUUUAACCUUGUGCACUCCUUGGCUUAGUCACAGGCGUACGUGCUAUGCUCGCUAGUAAGUGUUUGCAGUUUUGAACUCUUACUGUGGCUCUUUGUGUCUAUUCCUCCAUUUGUAAAUAGGGGAGAAUAAAUCCUGAUUUACCUUCCGAAGGUUUGGAGGGGAGGAAUCAGUUAAUAUGUGCACAAGCACUUUGUAUCCCAUGCUACAAAAGAGAUGAAUAAUACAAAUAACAAGUUAAAAAACAGGUGGAAAAAAUAAUUUUUUGAAAAGUUCCAGAAUUUCAUCUAUGCCAGAGGUUCCUGGCUGUGGUCCAGGAAGCACCAGUGAUCUGUGGAGUGCUGGAUGUUGACCUACAGAGAGCUGGCUUUUCAUGUGGAUCCAGUUAUCCUUUUAUCUAGCUGCUGAAUGUUCCCCUAAUGUUCCCUUUCCAUGUAAGCCAUUGCUGGGGGUGCUACUCAAUGGCAAACGGGUAUGGAUGUGUCCAUGAGAGAAUCUGUCAGUGAAAGACCCACCUUAUGAAACAAUUUGACUCUCUCUGUUCUCAGUAGACUCAGUCAUGCAAUGUAUUGAGCACUCUGCCUUGAUCCAAUAAAGCAAAGCACUUAAGCAUGUGCUUAAUGUUAAGCAUGCGCAUAGUCAUAUUUACUUCAGUGUGCUUAAAGUUAAAGGACAUAUUGAACUUCUUUCCUGGAUCAGGGAUGGAGUGCUCAGCGUCUUUCAGGAUUGAGCCCUAUCAGUGUCUGUUCCCAGACACAUCCUGCAGCCUUGCAGCAGAUCAUUGUCAGCCCAAAUUAUUUACAAGUUGUCAGUUUCUUGCUAGAUACCCAAGAAGUACAACAGGAAACUCUUAAACCUAGUGAUGCAGUAGCUGUGGCUUUAUUGGUUACGACUGGGGGAUGUGUUUCAUCACCUGUUAUUACAGGGCAACAUUUUCAGACAUGGGUCAUUGAAGUUAGGCUCCUAAAGCCAUAGUUAGACACCUAGGUAAAAGGGAUCUGCUAUUCAGCAAUGCUGAGCGCUCAUAAAUCCUGCUGAAAUCAACAGGAGUUGCAGGUAUUCAGCAGCUCUAGUAAUCAGACCACCUCUACUGAGGUGCCAAAUCUGGGUGUAGGAGAAGAUUGUCACAGACUCAAAUAGUAGUUAGGCCUCAUAACGUCCACUAAAAGUUAAUAGGAGUAAAGGUCCUGAUCCUCAAAGGUAUUUUGGGGCCUAACUCCCAUUAAUUUCAAUGAGAGUUUGACCCAGAUCCUCAAAGGUAUUUCAGCAUCUCAGAGCCCUACUUGCCUUUGACUUUCCUGCCGGAGGAGCCAAAUUUUAGGCAUCAAGACUCGAUAAUUUGGUCAUAUAUUUGUAUUUAAUUUCCCUCUACCCCUUCUUGAAAAGCCACCAAAAAAUUAGUUUUAAUUAAUUCCUUUUGUCCCUUCUAAUUUGUUUUUCCUUUUGAUCCUCAAAAAUAGUAUCUAAACAAAAUACAUUGACACACAAAACUGUGUAAUUAUAACUAUUUUUACUCGAAUUGUGUGUACAAUUUGAUCUAGCCCUUUUACUUGUUCUUACACCAUUCUUUUUCAUUUCCUGACUUGGUUUCAUCAUGUGUUUCUUCUUUUUAAAAAAAAUUUCCAUCUAUUGCACAGUAUUUACAAAUAAAAAUAUUGUAAAUUAUUUACACACACACACACACACACAAAAAGAAUCAGUCCUGAUGGCAUAAAACCAAUUUGUUUUCAUUACUGAACUAUGAUGGCACUUAAGAUCACUUUAGUAAAUGUAAUGUAAAAAAUAAUAAUAAUGUGUACGCAAAUUUAAUAUACAUGGUCUCAUGUAAGAUACAUAUUUGCCUUUUUUUCUAAAAGAUGUAUGUAUUCUGUAAGUGGAAUAGUCUGUAGAAAGUUUCUAUAUGUUCUUAAAAAUGGCAAUACAUUCCAAAAAAGGUACUGUAAAUAUGUACAGUGUACAAUGUAAUUUGGUAGUUUUGCCUGUAAUUUUAUUUUAACUCCAGUUUCUACAUUUGCAUCUUGCAAUGUCUGUAUGGUUAUAUCAGUGCAAAAAAAAACAAAAAAAAAAAACGGGGAAAAAAAUGCAGGUAAAAAGCACAGAGUCUGAUGUAAAAAGUGAGAAGAAAAAACAAAAGGAAAAAAUACUCAGUAUUUGAUGUUUGUGACCCUUGUUGUAAAUGACAUCUGUACUGUGAAUGAGACGUUUUUACGAGUAUGCUAUUGCCUUUACUACCGCUCGAGGCUGUCCGCUCAGUCUGAGCAUAUUUUUAAAAAAAUAGCAUGUUGGAAUAAAUUUUAAAGUCCCAACAUA